UAACAGUUUAACACCCGUUCAAUCAAUCACUCACACAUGACACAACAAUGGUGUCUGUGAGUCUGUGACCCUGUGAGAAACAAACAAAAUCAUAAAGCAGUGUGCCAGAGAUACGACCUUUUCCCUCCCCUUUUCCUACCUGCCCUUUUCCUUCCUCUACCGUACACACAUAUUUCCCUUUUCACCAUUUUAAAGACCCAAAGUCUUCUUGAUCUCUGUUUCUUAUUGGGGUUUGAGAUUUUCCUUCUCUUCCUCUCCCUAUUCCUCCAUUGAUUUCUAUUUUCUUUGUGGGUUUUUGUUUUUUUCCUUUCAAUUUUAGGUUUUUUCCAUCAGAUGUUUCCCAGAUCGAUUCAACCCCACGAAUCAAUAGUUACCCAGGAAGACAUUCAUGGUGGUGGUGGUGGUUCGAGUCACCAUGGUAUAGACCCAUGUCUCGUCUUGACAUCUGAUCCCAAACCUCGACUCAGAUGGACUGCCGACCUUCAUGAGCGAUUCGUUGAUGCCGUUACUCAGCUUGGAGGCGCCAGUAAAGCAACCCCAAAGGCUAUAAUGCGGACAAUGGGCGUUAAGGGACUCACUCUUUUCCAUUUAAAGAGCCACCUCCAGAAAUACAGAUUAGGUAAGCAAUCUGGGAAAGAUUUUGGUGAGGCUUCCAAAGAUGGAAUAUCAGCUUCAUACCUUUUAGAAAGCCCUCGUACCAGUAAUUCUUCUCAAAGCUUGCCGACUUCCGAUAUGAAUGAGGGUUAUGAAGUUAAGGAGGCCUUGAGAGCUCAAAUGGAAGUACAAAGUAAAUUACACCUGCAAGUUGAACAGGCUGAGAAGCACUUGCAGAUUCGACAGGAUGCAGAACGAAGAUAUUUGGCCAUGUUGGAGAGAGCCUGUAAGAUGCUUGCAGAUCAAAUUCUGGAUAUUGACAGAGACGCUUAUCAGGGAUUGAAAGCAGAGACGCCAGCAAGUUCCUCACAGAUCCCUCUCGGCUUAUACUCUUUACAAUCUGCCGAGGUGGUCAGAGUCCAUGGUCCUGAAGAAGUGUCACCAAGAAUCCAUCCCCAGAGGGCUGAUUGUUCCACUGAGAGCUGCCUGACUUCGCAUGAGAGCCCUGCGGGAUUGCCUCUGGAGGGAUCUCCGCCUGGUGGGAAGAGACGGAUGCUGAACUUGGACUCGACCACCGCGUCAAUGAUCUGGGGUGGUGAAUCAGAUAUGAGAACCCAAGAUGUCAAUGUGGUUCAAGUUAAUUCAAAUGGAAUCACUGGGUAUGGGAUAUCAUGUUCAAUUGUUCUUUUUCAAAAAUCAGCUCAGACUCUCGAAUUCGAGCUUCUCCUUGAUUUUUCAGAUCUGGGACAAAUGUAUCAACCGAAGGGUGUUCCUAGUUCCAGUUUAGUUCGCGAGAAUUCAGUUUCCCAUAGUCAGCAAUUAGAUUGUGGUGCCAGCUCAAUGGAACCUAUCAGUGGAGGAAACAGUCUUAGCAACAAUCCUAGUCUGGCCUCAAAGCAACGGCUGCGUUGGACACAUGAGCUUCAUGAACGCUUUGUUGAUGCUGUAGCACAACUGGGUGGACCAGAUAGAGCUACACCUAAAGGAGUCCUCAGAGUCAUGGGUGUACAAGGUCUAACUAUUUAUCAUGUCAAAAGCCAUUUGCAGAAAUAUCGACUUGCAAAAUACCUGCCGGAUUCCUCAUCUGAUGGGAAAAAAGCUGACAAGAAAGAAUCCGGGGAUACACUCUCCAGUUUGGAUGGUUCAUCGGGGGUGCAAAUUAAUGAAGCACUCAAGCUGCAAAUGGAGGUCCAAAAGCGAUUACAUGAGCAGUUGGAGGUGCAAAGACAGCUACAGUUACGGAUAGAAGCCCAAGGGAAGUACUUGAAGAAGAUAAUUGAAGAGCAACAACGAAUCAGUGGAGUUAUUUCAGAAGUGCCUGGUCCGGGGGCCUCUGCCCCGGUGUCAGCUGACAACUGUCCUGAAUCUGACAAUAAGACUGACCCAGCAACCCCUGCCCCAACUUCUGAGUAUCCACUCCUAGAGAAGGCCACCAAGGAACGAUCCCCAGCCAAGAGUGUUUCUGUUGAUGAAUUGUUCUCUUCUCGUCACGAGCCACUGACACCAGAUUCAGGUUGCCAUGGCAGUUCACCAGCUGAGAGCCCAAAAGGUGAGAGGUCACUGAAGAAGCAAAGAGUGAGCAUGGGUGCAUCCUAUGCUAAACCAGAGGUGAUGCUUACACACCCGAUAUUUGAGUCGAGCUUAAGCCCACCUUACCAGCAACCAAACUCAGUUUUCUUGACCAGAGAACAGUUUGAUCAUUCAGCUGGGAUAUCUAUUGGCAGCAAAGAUCCACUGGGAAAAAUUUCAGGUAGCAAUUUAUAGUUUGGUGUACUUUGUGUGUUAUUUGCAUAUCAGGACUUCCGAUUUCCCUUGUAUGUGUAGUUUCUAGAAAAAAAUAUAUAUAUAAAUUUGAUUAGGUCAAAGAACACUGUCAGUUUUAGUUAAGAGAUUGUAUCAUUAGAAAACACUUGUCCUCAGAAUUACUAUUUCUUCCUAUGCGAAAAUUGAAAUCCCAUUAAUAAUGUGAAUUUUACCCUA